AUGCCACCAGCGCAAUGUAAAGUCGCGAAGAUGAAUGAACAAGCGGCUGUCGAUUUGGGUGCUGAUAUUUUAGGCGAAGGAGUUAUUAUUUCAGUUGCUAUAGCGGGUCUGUAUCUUGAAUAUUGGAGAAGAUCCAAAAAUGAUACGGAUAAAGAGACUCGUGCACUAGAUCGUUUAGCAAGAAUUGAACAACAAUUAUCUGAAGUAGGAAUUAAUUUAACAAAUCAAUCAGCAAAAUUGACUGAACUCGAACGUUUAAUUCAUCAUUCUCCUCCAGCAAAACAAAAUUCACCGGCACCAUCAGCAGUCUCAAAUCUAAAAGGUAUCAUCAAAAAUGCAGUUCAAUUAUCAUCCGUUAUUGAAAAAGUCCAACCAACAGCAUCAGCACCUAUUUUACAAAUCGAUACAAAUCAAUUAUUAGUUAUGAUUCUGUUUUUGAGUUAUACAAUUAGAGACCAAAUUGAUAAAGGAAAAGAAUUUGUGUACCGUCUAAAGCGGUCAAGAUAG